ACAACAGCACGUUUUUUUCCUAGGCUGUGGUCCAGAUCAGGUUGUCAGACAAGCGUACACUGCAUUAUGAUAGCUCAGAUAGCCCAAUUCUAAAUUAUGUAGUUAACAUGCCUUUGUAUUGUUGUAGUGAAACAUUCAAAUGGCCUUAUAUCUGUUACAUUUAACAGCAUUCAAUUGAAGAGUUGUUGGAUUUUUAUGAUCGCGGUCUUGGAUGAAGCAGCUGAUUCCAUGACUGUUUACAUUGUAACGUCUUAGUUCAGCGAAUGUGAUUUUAUUCGUAUGAAAUCUUUAUUUCCAUAGCAGAUGAUGUACCGCAGAGAGACUUUAAAUCAUCAACAGAAAAGACACGGAGAUUUUUUCGACAUGAAACUUUCAAAUUCUGCGCGCUCCGUCCGCGAACACAGCGCCGCCAGUAGAGCAGCUCUCCCGCUGUCGCGUGGAGGCUCGGGUGGAACAUGAGGGAAGGACGUGAGCUACGUGCGCAUCCAGGAGUAGACGAUAUGACAUGGAGGGCUUGGGACAAACGGACCUUUUAAACACAAGCUCUACUCACGGACCCAACAGUGUUUGCCUCGCACAAGAAAGACUCACACCAAGCUCGUCGGAGCCACAUGCGGCAGCGAGAAUGGGACUUAACGCUUUCUGUGCCUCGCAGUCCAGGAGCUCCACGGCCGCGGAAUUGCUGGCAGGACUGGCGUCUAAAACCGACGUUCCUGGAAUCUCAGUGUUAAAGAGGGAGACGAAAACUGGUUUGCCCUCGUACAAUGGAGAGGUCGUGUCUCCGUCGGCCACCGACGAAGGUAACUGCAGUGACCUGCUGGCCCAGACACCCAGCGGCUUCACGCAGCUAGAAGGGCUAACGGAGACCCCCGCUGGCCCCGCGCACCCCCCCAGCAGACCCCGACUGCCGGAGAGUGGAGGGGAACGAACGCCACAGUCUUUGCUGAAACGGGCAAACGGCGACAUGCGAGCCCGCCAGGCCCAGCAUCAAAGGCGCAGGGACGGGGAGAACCGGGACAUGGGGCUGGGGGCGCUGGUGGGAGGGGUCGGACUAGGCCCAGUGGGGGGCCCAGGAAACCCUCUCAACCUGGACAAUUAUUUCCCCGCCGAGUGCAAGAGGAGAAAACUGGAGGGGGGCGAGUGCAAGGCAGAUCCCGCGGCGGCCGCCACCGUCCGGAGUACGCGGACCGUAGCCCCGCUGGCCGCCAGCAGCACGUUCAACCAGUGCAGCAACCCAGCGGCGACAUCGCCCCCCGCCGUCAACAGACUCCACCACCACAACUACAGCCACCACCCCUACCCCAACCACAACCUCAACCACAACCACAACCACCACCAGGGCUUCCUCCACGGACUCAGCCCAGCCUUGAGUGCUCUCCCUGGGCAGCCCUCCCCACCCGAGGCCCCCUCCAUCCCCUCGGCGCUGCUGGCGGGCUCGGGCUCGGGCUCUGGCUCUGGCUCGGCGUGGUCGGCGGAGCAGGUGGCCCAGUACAUCGUGCCGUGCAUGAAGCACUACGGCAUCUGCGUGAAGGACCGUUUCCUGGGCGCGCGGCUGGGCGAGCGCGUGCUCGACGAGGUGGAGGGCCUCAACCGCAGCGGGCGCUUCCGCGGCGGCCAGCUGGUCAGCCAGCGGGGCAUCCCCUCGCGCAGUAUCCGCGGCGACCAGAUCGCCUGGGUGGAGGGCCGCGAGCCGGGCUGCGAGGCCAUCGGGGCGCUCAUGGCGCACAUCGACGAGGCCGUCAUGCACAGCGCCGCCAACGGGCAGCUGGGAGACUACGUCAUCAACGGACGCACCAAGGCGAUGGUGGCCUGUUACCCUGGACACGGCACGGGAUACGUCCGGCAUGUGGACAAUCCCCAUGGCGACGGCCGCUGCAUCACCUGCAUCUACUAUCUCAACAAGGACUGGAACGUCAAAGUUCACGGAGGUCUACUGCAGAUCUUCCCUGAAGGCCGUAACGUGAUGGCCAACAUCGAGCCUUUAUUCGACCGCCUGCUCAUCUUCUGGUCGGACCGACGGAACCCACACGAGGUCAAGCCAGCCUUCGCUACACGCUAUGCCAUUACGGUGUGGUACUUCGAUGCAAAGGAGCGUGCAGAAGCCAAGGAGAAGUAUCGACUGGCAACCGGACAGAAAGGUAUCAAAGUGCCUGUCACUCAAAACAGGACCUAACCUUGGGAUGGCAAGGACACCACCGUUGGGAUCUCAGCAGAAGUGCCUUCCCCGGCUGCUAUUGGACAGAAUGUCUGAAGGGGAGGGGCCAGAAUGAGUUCCACAGAACAGGACGCGUCUUCUCUCGCUCUUCUCAGCUCCGCCCAGAACUCAUAUUUGCCAUCUGAUUGGCUAGAGGAGACACUCCCUCCGUGCUGAUUGGACGGCUGAGACUGUGGAGAAAAGGGUGGGAGGGAAACCGAUGAAGGGGGAGAGAGAAGGAGAGAUGGAUAGAGAGGGAGAGGGUAAAGGGAUAGAAUCUCAGGAGAUGGCUGGCUGAAAAGUGGAUGGAGGCUUGUGUGGCUCUGCCGGGGCAAGAGGUCGUCAUCUGUGGAAUUAUCAGAUGUUGUUUAUUUGUUUGUUUUCUCUGUUUGUUUGUUUGUUUGUUUGUUUUCAGUGCUCUCAGUAAUCAUUGGUUUGUGCGUAAACAAAAAAUCACAUAUGAAGCUUGUCUUCGGAGGUGCUCCCCCUCUGUAUGUAUUUAGCAGCUAGCUUAUCGCCCAUCCAAUCAGAUCCCUCAGAGUGGCCACCACACUCACAGGAAGUGGCUCUCCUCCUCGCGCAGGAGUUUAGGAGCUGGGCUCCCCCCCCGUGAGGCUCAGGACACAACAGGAAGUGACAUCGCCAGCCUACAACAGGUACCACCAUGACUAGUUGGCCCAAACCUUGAGCUGAGAGUGGGCCAGGGGGUCCUGAAGAACAAACGGAAUAAAACAGAACAUUCACUUGAGGAGAACAGACACUACAUUGGCCCUUUACAUUUCAAGGACUAAGAACUGAAUCUUAACUUGUGUGCACUGUGAAGGCCUAUUGCAGUUCUUGAGGCAGGUGUCUCAAAGGGUGUGUGUGUGUGAGAGAGAGAGAGAGUGUGUGUGUUGUAGUAUUGUAGUAUGGCUAAAAACAGUCAUGCACUGAGGUUGCACAACUGUACAUACAGUUAAGCCCAAAAUGAUUAGCCCCCCUUAUGAAUUCAGAUAUAAUCCUUUGUUUAUACAUGAAAAUGACCAUUUCCAAGAAUGUGCCUAGUUUAUAUGAUUACAGAAGCGCAAAGACAGUAUGCCCACAAAGUUUGAUGAUCAUUGUUUACUCAUGCUCUGAUUUGUGACAAGAAAAGCAAGAAUUGACAUGUUCAAAAUUAUUAGCCCCCAGACCAUUAAUAGUCAAUAGUGAAGCCUUUCUUUGCUUCAACUGACAACAACUUCUUUGAAUAGUCUUUUACUAUGUUGGCACAUAUCUCUUAAGCACUCUUUAGCUCCAGCUCGUCCAAACUGCAUGGUUUUCUUGAAUGGACUCUUGCUUUAAGCACGUGCCACAGAUUCUCAUUGGGGUUGAGGUCUGGUCUCUGUGUAGGCUAUUCCAGCACCUUGAUUUUGGUAUCCUUUAGGGCGUUUUAGACCACUUUUCACUAUGCUUUGGGUUAUUAUCAUGCUGAAGGACCUGGUGGUGACCUAAGCCUAGACUAAGAGCAGGCGUCUUGAUGUUAUCCCUCAAAAGGUCAACAUAAUCUUUCUUUUUCAUGAUCCCAUGCACCCAAACAAGGCUCCCUGUGCCUGAGACAGCAACACAGCCCCAUAACAUGAUGCUCCUACCACCAUGCUUCACUAUGGGAACUGUAUUUUUAUGGUUGUAGGCCUUCCUUUUUUUCGCCAAACAUAGGCAACAUCCAUGUGCCCAAACAGCUCCAGUUUAAUGUCAUCAGACCAAAGGACAGUUUUCCAAAAGUCAUUUUUAGCUUUUAAAUGUGCAUGUGCAAAGUUCAGUCUGACUUUGAAGUACCCCUUUUGGACUAAUAGUUUUUUUCUCAGCCGAUGACCUUGGAGGCCUCCACAAUAAAAAUCCCUCGCUACUGUCUUCCUCAAGACUUUAACCCCAGAGGUCUCAAGGUCAGCAACUAUCAUUUUGGCGGAUGUGCAGGGUUCCUUGCUAACAUCCCUGAUGAAUUUCCUCUCUAGAUUGAGAUAUUUAGCAUUUUCAUCCACACUUAGGUUGGUUAUGCACAAACUUGGAACUCUUUGUACUUUGUAAUGAUGCCUUGCACGGCUGUUCUACAGACUGUGAAGCAUCUAGAGAUUACAGUAUAGCCUUUCUCCAUAUUAUAGGCCUCAAUGAUGUUCUUUCUGAGGUCCAGACAGAUUUCCUUUAUCUUCAGUAUGCCUGUAAAGGCAGUCCCCCCCCAGACAGGUGUUCAAGUGCCUGUAGGCCUGUUCCUUGAAGUCUUUAGGUAAACAAUCAAUGCUGGUUGGGUGUUCAGGUGUUGUCUGGACAUUAACUAACUGCAAAGGUGUGGCUUGAAAGGUGACAGGUUGGUUGUGUGUGUUUAAAAGCAAAAAAAUCACAUGGGGGCUAUUAAUUUUGACCACUCCACUUUUCACACAAUUUGAGAUUAAGCAUUCCUAAUAAUAUAUUAACACUCCAAAAUGCACCAGAUUCUACAUAAUAACACUGGCGAAUGUUUGAUUUUUAAAAUUUGAUCAGGGAUGAAAAAUUUAGGGAGAAUUUUAGAGUAAUGUUCCAAAAUUUCAGGGGGGCUAAUAAUUUUGGGCUUAACUGUAUGUGUGUGUUUGUAUGUGUGUGGGGGAGAGAGAGAGAGAAAGACAGACAGACAGAGAACUAGUCCCAUUGUCCCAGAAGAGGUGUAAAACAGGGUUCAAUGAAUGUUGUGGUGUGUGUGUGUGUGUGUGUGUGUGUGUAAACAGCUCUUCAAGUGGCCUUGUCCUUGUACCCUUCCAGGAUGAGGGCCUUAUCCACUGGCAACAGGACUUCACACAGACAGCUGCUACAGUAGAGUUAACCUUGAUGUUAGUCUGGGAAAACAACGACUACCCAGAAAAACAAUAUGGCUGCCUUUUCGUCUAAUGGAAGAAAUCUGUUAGUUCCGGCCCCAGUCCAGCCACUAAAAGGCAGUUUCUGUUGGUUUGUCCUAUUAUUACAAACAAAUGAAGGUGAAAUGAAAGGGAACUUUUCGGCUUUGCAGUACUUAGAGUGUGAUCCGCGCCAGCCUACAUCUAACACAGUUAUACAGCACAAUUAUCUUCUUGGAUAGACAAUAUCAGAGCACAUGCAAAAACACCAAGCAGAACAUCAGAUCACAAAAUAAGCAACAAAUAACUGCACAGCAUGCUUAAGAAACAAAAAACGAAUGAAUAAAUAAAUAAACACCUAGUAACCCAUUUGCUAUCUUAAACAGUGACAAUCCCAUCAAAAAGAAUACAUUUCCCAGCAGGCAUUACAGUUUGAACUCGCACUAGCAACGUUUGUGAAUAUCCCAGUGGAAUGAGAAGAGAAAAUGGAGAACUACCCUUACGGCGUGAGGUUACUGGAGGAUGUGUGUCUGUGUAGAAGUCCCACUUCAUGUCGGUGGGGUCCAGAAAUGGCCUUUUAUUUUGUUGUAAAGAAAAAAGUGUGCCAGAUUAUCAUCACAAGAAGUCAAUUAAUGCACUUUAUUGUUGAGAAACCAGUUGUGUGAAUGAGGAGUGAAAGAGAGAGAUGGAAGUGUGAUGAAAAUAUGCUUAAUGCUGUGGUUAAUAUAAUUAAAAUGCAAUAGAAAAGAAAAGAAAAGAAACAACAACAGAGAACAAAUUCUAUCUUUCUGAUACGUCAACCCCCUGGAGUUUUGUUUUGUUUCCAUUUUUUUUGUCUUUUGCAAUAUGUAAUUAAUUAAAGCUGGUCAGUGAUUUGGUAA